AAAGCCGCGGACCCUCGUCAGGUGUUCCCGGGAGAAGAGUCGGGGCGAGGGGACUAGAGCGAAGGAAGUUUAGGGAAGUCCUGACAAGAGACAAGAAAUGAAGAAAAAGGAGGUCCCAGGACCUAGAUAGUGUCAUAUCUGGGCCACUUUUGACUGGUGACUAGAUUUCUCACUAGAAAUUUAGAGCAUAUCCAGAAGAGACAAAGACAGAAUAUCCCAGUUGCUGGCCAUUUCUCAGAACAGAGGAAAAUGAUCAAUGCCCAGGAAUCGCUGACACUGGAGGACGUGGCCGUGGACUUCACCUGGGAGGAGUGGCAGCUCCUGGCCCCUGCCCAGAAGGACCUGUACCGGGACGUGACGUUGGAGAACUACAGCAACCUGGUGUCAGUGGGGUAUCAAGCCAGCAAACCAGAUGCACUCUCCAAGCUGGAACGAGGGGAGGAACCGUGCGCGAAACAGGAGGAAGUCCCCAGUGGAACCCGGCCAGAACCUAGCAAAGUUGAUAAUCACCUGCAAGGUCCCUGGGAAAAUCCAAGAAUGCUGAAAGGUAUGGAACAAAACCACAAACACAAUGCAUUUGGAAAUAUUCCUCAAAGCAAAAGUCAUUUUCCUUCCAGGCAAAAUCAUAUGCUUGAGUUCUAUAUAAAAACUUUGAAAUCAAAUUUAAGUUUAGUCAACCAGAGCAAAAGCUAUGAAAUUAAAAACUCUACUAAAUUCAAUGGAGAUGAGAAAUUAUUUCUGCAUGAUAAGCAGGAAGAUUUUAAUUCUGCUGUUAAACUCCCUAUAAGUGCAAAACCUAUUAGCAAUAAGUCACAAGUCGUUAAGCAUCAGAGAACUCGUGAAAUAGAGAAACCCCAUGUAUGCAGUGAAUGUGGAAAAGCCUUCAUUAAGAAGUCCCAGCUCACAGAUCAUCACAGAGUUCAUACAGGAGAGAAACCUUAUGGAUGCAAUAUUUGUGCAAAAGUAUUCUCCAGAAAGUCCAGCCGUCUAAUUGAACACCAGCGAACACACACUGGAGAGAAACCCUAUGUAUGCAGCGACUGUGGAAAAGGUUUCCCAGGGAAGCGUAAUCUCAUUGUACAUCAGCGAAAUCAUACUGGAGAGAAAUGCUAUGUAUGCAGUGAAUGUGGAAAGGGCUUCACUGGGAAGAGCAUGCUCAUCAUACACCAGCGAACUCAUACAGGAGAGAAACCCUACAUCUGCAGUCAAUGUGGGAAAGGCUUCACCACGAAGCACUAUGUCAUCAUACAUCAACGAAAUCACACAGGAGAAAAGCCCUAUAUAUGCAGUGAAUGUGGGAAAGGUUUCACGAUGAAGAGUCGACUGAUUGAACAUCAGCGAACUCACACAGGUGAGAAACCCUAUGUAUGCGAUGAAUGUGGAAAAGGCUUUCCCAGGAAGAGUAAUCUCAUUGUACAUCAGAGAAAUCAUACAGUAGAGAAAUCCUAUGUAUGCAGUGAAUGUGGAAAAGGUUUCACUGUGAAGAGCAUGCUCAUCAUACACCAACGAACUCAUACUGGAGAGAAACCCUACAUCUGCAGUGAAUGUGGGAAAGGCUUCCCCUUGAAGAGUCGACUGGUCGUACAUCAACGAACACACACUGGAGAGAAACCUUACAGAUGCAGUGAAUGUGGGAAAGGUUUCAUUGUGAAUAGUGGACUGAUGUUACAUCAGCGAACUCACACUGGAGAGAAACCCUAUAUAUGCAAUAAAUGUGGAAAAGGUUUUGCCUUUAAGAGCAAUCUUGUGGUACAUCAGCGAACUCAUACUGGAGAGAAACCCUUUACAUGCAGUGAAUGUGGAAAAGGCUUCACCAUGAAACGCUAUCUCAUUGUACAUCAACAAAUCCAUACAGGAGAGAAAUCGUACAUAUGCAGCGAAUGUGGUAAAGGCUUUGCUAUGGAAACUGAGCUCAUUUUACAUCAGCAAAUUCAUACUGGAGAGAAACCUUACGCAUGCAAUGAAUGUGGUAAAGGCUUCACUGUGAAAAGCCGACUAAUCGUUCAUCAGCGAACUCAUACAGGAGAGAAACCUUUUAUAUGCAGUGAAUGUGGAAAAGGCUUCUCCUCAAAGAGAAAUCUUAUUGUACAUCAGAGAACUCAUAAUGGAAACAAACCCUACACAUGCAGUGAGUGUGGAAAAGGCUUCACCAUGAAGCGCUAUCUGAUUGCACAUCAGCGAACUCAUAGUGGAGAGAAACCUUAUGUGUGCAGUGAAUGUGGAAAAGGCUUCACUGUGAAAAGCAAUCUCAUUGUGCAUCAGCGAACUCAUACAGGGGAGAAACCGUAUAUAUGCAAUGAAUGCGGUAAAGGCUUCACCAUGAAGCGCUAUCUUGUUGUCCAUCAGCGAACUCAUACUGGAGAGAAACCCUAUAUAUGUAGUGAGUGUGGAAAAGGCUUCACAGUGAAGAGUAAUCUCAUUGUACAUCAGCGAUCUCAUACUGGGGAAAAAUCUUAUAUGUGCAGUGAAUGUGGAAAAGGCUUCACCACAAAGCGCACUCUCAUUAUACAUCAGCGAACUCACACAGGAGAGAAAUCUUACUUAUGUAAUGAAUGUGGAAAAGGCUUCACCACAAAGCGCACCCUUAUUAUACAUCAGCGGACUCACACAGGAGAGAAACCCUAUGAAUGCAAUGAGUGUGGUAAAGCCUUCAGCCAGAAGAUAUGCCUCAUACAACAUGAGAGAUGUCAUACAGGAAAGACUCCCUUUGUGUGUACUGAGUGUGGAAAAUCCUAUUCUCACAAAUAUGGUCUCAUUACCCAUCAGAGAAUUCACACGGGAGAGAAACCCUAUGAGUGCAAUGAAUGUGGAAAAGCCUUCACCACAAAGUCAGUACUCAACGUCCACCAAAGAACUCAUACAGGAGAGAGACCAUAUGGAUGCAGCGAUUGUGAGAAAGCCUUCUCCCACUUGUCAAACCUUGUUAAACAUAAGAAAAUGCACAUAAGAGAAAGGGUAGAUUCAGUCAAGUUGUAA